UUAUAAUUUGAUUUCAGAAAUGUUUAUCUCUUAUUUAUGUGGUGAAGAACGCAUGCAAUGGAAAAACAUGCGAGAAUGGCCAUGGAGAGCUGGGUCUGUGGAAAAUAAUCAAACACGGUAGGAGAUAGAGCCAUAGAGGUAACUGGAUUCCACCCAUCACAACAACUUUGGCUGAAUGGGCUAUUUGGCUUUGAUGCACUGUGUGGGUGUAACAUCAUGCCCCGGGCAACUGAAACUUGUGAGGGUCAGAAUCCAAUGCUCCACCACCAACGUUGGUGUCAGUAGGCGACAAUUGCUGGAGAAACUGGACAAGGAGUUACUUAAAGGGGAUGAUAGAGCUGCUCUAGCACUUGUCAAGGAUUUGCAGGGUAAGCCUGAUGGCCUUCGGUGUUUCGGUGCAGCCAGGCAGGUGCCUCAAAGGCUUUACACCUUGGAUGAAUUGAAGCUUAAUGGAAUAGAAGCUGAGUCUCUUCUAUCACCGGUGGAUUCAACUCUUGGUUCAAUAGAGAGAACACUGCAGAUUGCUGCUAUUGCAGGAGGGCUUACUGCAUGGAAUGCCUUUGGAAUUUCCCCACAGCAACUCUUCUAUAUAUCACUGGGUUUGCUGUUUCUCUGGACUCUGGACACGGUCUCUUAUGGUGGAGGUCUUGGUAACUUGGUUGUUGAUACAAUUGGUCAUAGCUUCAGUAAAAAAUACCACAAUAGGGUUAUUCAGCAUGAAGCUGGCCAUUUUUUAAUUGCUUAUCUAGUAGGAAUACUUCCUAAAGGAUAUACUCUUUCCAGUUUGGAUGCCCUAAAGAAGGAUGGUUCUCUCAAUGUUCAAGCAGGCUCAGCCUUCGUGGAUUUUGAGUUCCUCGAAGAAGUUAAUGCGGGGAAAGUAUCAGCUAAAACAUUGAACAAAUUUUCAUGUAUAGCCUUGGCUGGUGUGUGCACUGAGUAUCUUAUAUAUGGAUUUUCUGAAGGAGGCCUGGAUGACAUAAGAAAGUUGGAUUCAUUGCUCAGCGGCCUGGGAUUCACACAAAAGAAGGUAGACUCUCAAGUUAGAUGGUCCGUGCUAAACACGGUCUUGCUCUUGCGUCGACAUGAAGCAGCUCGAGCAAAGCUUGCAGAUGCCAUGUCCAUGGGAAACUCAGUGGGAUCCUGCAUCGACAUUAUAGAAAAUUCUAUUGAUGUUUCAGAUCUGUUAGCUGAAACUGGAUCCCCUUGAUGAUUCUCUUCACCGGUUCAUUUCCUCUAAAUUAUGCUCCUGGCUAAAUUGGUUCAGAUUUCCAAAAUCUUUCAUUUGGGGUUACCAUGCUCAACUCUUCUGGGAGCAAAUGUGAAUAUCUUUUAAUACAGUGGAAAGCAGUGAGUCAGUAUUUUCUUGGUUCUACUGGUUGGCACUUUCAGAGGCUUCAUGUGUGAAAGAUCAUUUAUGGAGAGAAUAUCAUAUAACCCACCCUGCUAAAUAGGUUUAUUUUACAUGGAUGUUCUUGUAAGUAAUUAAUUGUAUACUUUUGAACUAUGCUUAAAUAACUCAUCCAUGUAUGGGCAUGCAUUAGCAAGAACUGUUGUUAUCUAUUCCUUGCCUUGGGAAAACAAAA